UCGCCGAGGGACGAGAUAUCCUCGCCGUGAGAAGAGAAAUCAUGGCCAAACUGAGUAAAGAGACCAAACAGCGAGUGCAACAGCUCUUCCAAUGCGGACAGUUUGUCAUCCGAUGGGGUUUCAUUCCGACGGUGCUGUACCUUGGUUUUAAGCGAGGAGCAGAUCCAGGAAUGCCUGAGCCAACAGUCCUAAGCUUGCUGUGGGGCUGAAUGACAUCGUCUGUACACGGCUGCACUUCCUCCCUUCCGGAUCAUGUGACCCACUGCUCCUUUGACAUCAUGGCUUUUUUUUUUAAAAAAACAGGACUUUCCUUUCAACAUGUGAGACUGAACCUGUGUUCGAACGUGCAUGUACAGGAUUGUUAACUUGCUCUCCAUUGUGUUGAGUCUAUCUUGCUUGUAAAUUAAACUGGAUUAGUGUGUUGAA